UUUUCCGCAGCUUAUUGGUCCGACCGCAAGGGCUAGCGCAGAGACGGCGCAUCGAUAAACUUUCAGCCAAGGAGAUCACAACGCAGCUAAUUUUCUCAAGAUGCAGUUUUCUCUUUGCUGUGGACGGUAUCACUUUGUCGCAGUUCGUACAAGUGAUUUAUAGGCUUGCGCGGAGUCACAUUUGCAGAUUCCAUUCCUCCACAGCAUCUAUUUUUCCUAAACUUCAGUCCGGAUAGAGAAGACUGAGGGGGACUUCUGUUCGUUUUUCGGCACCUACAACACGAAGUCUGCUGCCAUUUAAGGGCAAUCUGGAUGAAGGACAAAAGCACUUUCUAACCAGCUAUAAAUACGCCAGGAAUAGAGAGAUCAUCAGCCAAGCCAGAGACAAAGUGAGGUGGUGGCCAGAGGGGCUGCAGCUGGAGCCACCCUGCACAGCUGGAGCUUCCAGGAAUGACGGGGCCAACCCACCGCAGCCGGCCCCCUCGCAGCACCUGACCUGAGUCACCUGACCUGAGUCACCUGACCCAGCAUGGAGCUCAAGGUCUGGGUGGACGGGGUCCAGAGGGUUGUAUGUGGGGUCACCGAGGCAACCACCUGCCAGGAAGUGGUCAUCGCUCUAGCCCAAGCCAUAGGCCGCACUGGGCGCUAUACCCUGGUGGAGCAAUGGCGGGACACAGAGCGCCACCUGGCCCCCCACGAGAGCCCAGUGGCCUCCAUCAACACCUGGGGUCAGUAUGCCGGUGACGUCCAGCUGAUCCUGCACCGCACGGGCCCCUCCCUGACUGAACGCCCCCCCUCCGAGGGGCCUCCGCUCCGGGGCCCGGAACGCGGUCUCCACCGGCAGAGCCUCCCCCCGCUUGCCAAGCUCCGCCACCCCAGCGAGCGCUCCCUCCGCCGCCGCGAGCCGCGCCGCAAGUCCCUCACCUUCACCGGCGGGCCCCGAGGCCUCCGGGACAUCCUGAGUGGAGGCCGGGCUUGGGAGGGGAGGGAGGCCGAGGCCAAACAACGUCUCCUACUCCAGGGGAACGUUGGGAACCAGAACAACCACCACUAUGCAGCAGCCGCAGCGGUAGCCCCAGUGGGGGCAGUGUCCCCUGGCAUGUGGGCCUGCCGCAUGGAUGACCUGGUCAGACUGGUGGGGCUCCAGAGAGAGACUCUGGUUGUGCUGAGGAAGAGGCUGGAAGCCUAUGAGGCUGAUCUGCAGACCUGGGGUGGACGUGGGGAUGGCAGAGGGGGAGAGGAGGCCAGAGGAGCAGGGGGGCUGAUGGAGGAGAUAGGGAGGCUGGAGAGACGACUGAGGAAGAACGAGGUGGAGAUGGAGGAGGAGGAGUUUUGGGCCAGCGAACUGCAGAUUGAGCUGGAGAGCGAGAGGCAGCUGGAGGACAGGCUUGAGGAGCUGAUGGGACGUCUGCAGGGCGCUAAGCUCGACCUGGGGGACAGGAUGGCUCUGGUACAGGGUGUGGAGGCGGGUCUCGAGGAGGAGCGUCUGCAGCGGGAAAGACAGGAGACUCAGAGGGUGAGCGAGGUGGAGGCCAGGGCGCAGGUGCUCAGGGCCCGCACGGAGCUCAAGACUCAGGACAGACAGGCCGUCCAGCUGGAGAGCAGCUGCAGAGCCGUGGACAGGUCCCUAAGCCAGAGUGGCAAGAGACUGCAGGACAUGCAGCAUGAGCUGGAGCAGCUGACCAAGGAGCUGAGACAGGUCAACCUGCAGCAGUUCAUCCAGCAGACUGGCACCAAGGUCACCGUGCUGCCAGCCGAGCCCAGUGAGGACGAGGAGGGGACUACCCACACCGGACAGGGCACAGACCUGGUUCCUCUGUCCGGUUCCCUGAAGCGUCCAGUCUCCUCCCACCCGAUGCCCGGUCACCUUCGGGUCCUGCAAAGCCCGCUGACGUCUGGCUUAAACCCAGAAGGGAUCUACGUGUAAGAGGACAGAGGACAAAGAGGGGGGAUGUCUAUGUUCCCCUGCCAGCUGGCCCCUCACUACCAACCUAAAGGUAGCCUGCUUGGUAGUCUGGUCCCAAAACGGUUUUCUUUAGCCAACUCCUCUCCUAGUCACUCCUAGUCAGGAGUUGGUUAUAUACAGAUCUGGGAUAAGACUAGCUCAAGGAUGUGAUAGGACGUCCAGGUAAAGGAUACUUCAGUAACACUCUCCUGUCUAUGCUCUGUCAUGGAUAAAAUGACCUCCACUUACAGAGAGGAUAUGGCUAGAGGCCAUUGUGUACAAGCACUCCAAGUCUCCCACAUGGGAAAACACAUGAUGAUGAUUGCUCCAACGAUGAAGGAAAAACUAACACCUGCUCUUUCCAUGACAUAGACUGACCAGGUGAAUCCAGGUGAAAGCUAUGAUCCCUUAUUGAUGUCACU